CUCUUUUCAGAUUUGUUUAUUUUGGUUAUGAAAAUGGCAGUGACAUUCAUAUUUACAUUUUUUCUGGCUUUGCUAUUUGCUGUUUCAGCUUCUGCUUCCGUUCAACCAAGGUUGCCAGAAGCUUACCUCCAAAAUGGGAACUUUGAGGAGAAGCCAGACCCUAAAUCCCUCAAGAAAACCAAACUCAUUGGGAAAUAUGCACUGCCCAAAUGGGAGAUCAAUGGUCUAGUUGAGUAUGUCUCUGGGGGGCCACAACCUGGAGGCAUGUACUUCCCAGUGACUCAUGGAACACAUGCUGUGAGGCUUGGCAAUGAAGCCUCAAUCUCCCAAACUAUCAAGGUCAAACCUGGUCAAUGGUAUGCUUUAAUACUAGGGGCAUCAAGGACUUGUGCUCAAGAUGAAGUUUUGAGAAUCUCAGUGCCUCCACAGACCGGAGAUGUUCCUUUGCAGACACUUUAUAGCCUUAAUGGUGAUGUUAUUGCUUGGGGAUUCAUGGCCACUUCCACUGUUGCCAAAGUCACAUUCCACAACCCUGGAAUUCAAGAAGACCCUUCUUGUGGUCCACUCUUGGAUGCCAUUGCUAUCAGAGAGUUCUACCCUCCAAGGUCUACAAGAGCUAAUCUGGUAAAAAAUCCUGGCUUUGAGGAGGGUCCAUUCCCUAUUUUCAACUCUACCAAUGGUGUUCUGCUUCCUCCCAAACAACAUGAUCUCGUGUCUCCACUCCCGGGUUGGAUUAUUGAAUCCCUCAAAGCCGUGAAGUUCAUUGAUUCAAAGCAUUUCAAUGUCCCAUUUGGACAGGGAGCAGUAGAGCUUGUUGCAGGCAGGGAAAGUGCCAUAGCCCAAAUUCUGAGAACAGUUCCCAACAAAGUAUACAACAUGAAAUUCACAGUUGGAGACGCCAAAAAUGGCUGUCAUGGAUCAAUGAUGAUUGAAGCAUUUGCUGCAAAAGAUGUCCUUAAAGUUCCCUUCAUAUCUGAAGGAAAGGGCAGAUUCAAGACCGCGAGUUUCAAUUUCAAAGCAGUUGCAAACAGAACCAGAAUCACAUUCUACAGCUCUUUCUACCAUACAAGAAUUCAAGACUAUGGAUCUCUUUGUGGCCCUGUUCUUGAUCAAGUUAUAGUGUACCCUGUUGCCUAAAUA